AUGUCUUUAGAUGAAUUCUCAAAGAGAGCCGCCAAGUAUGAGGUUCUCGCAGACGAGCACAAGCGGAAAGGAUGGAACUUGAUUACGGUGGGGCUUUACGAUGCAGGAGGAAGUCUGCAACCUGAGAGCCUACAUAGCUGGCCACGUUGGGUACUUGAAUAUGCGAUUGGCUACGUUCAACGUUCAAAAGUCCCCUUGGCCAUCGUAAGGAAUUCGCUUGCUAAGGACCAACAGUACAACAGUGACGGCGGUCAGCAGAGAAAUGGCUUCCCAGAAUGCCUUUGCUAUGGAGACUUUGACCAAUGA